UGUAUUCGUCGUUAGCGUAGACUUAUGUUUCUAUCAAUUCGUGCUGCUUGGGCAUGUACAUGUAUCGUGAAGCGAACUUUGAGUUCUUUUCCUGUUAUAAAAAGCCAGCUAGACAUCAAUUCGUCUCGUUUUCAUGACAAUGUUGCCAGAACUAGAGGUGUUGCCCUGGAAAUUCAGACUGCAAUCGAGUCAGCACGUGCAGGAGGUGGAACGAGGGCGCUAGAGAGACAUGUCAAGGCGAACAAAAAGCUGUUUGUAAGAGACAGACUGAAACUGCUGUUGGAUCCUAACGCGCCUUUUCUCGAGCUCUCUCAGUUGGCUGGACACGAGAUGCCAUACGGGGAUGUUAAGGGUGCUGGUCUCAUUACGGGAAUAGGACAAAUUGAGGGAAGAAUGUGUUUCAUUAAUGCUAACGAUGCAACAGUGAAGGCUGGUUCCAUGUUCCCUGUGUCUGUCAAGAAGCAGUUGAGGGGUCAGGAGAUAGCAUUGCAGAAUCAGUUACCUGUUGUGAAUUUGGUUGAUUCAGGAGGAGCCUUCUUGCCUUUGCAAGCUGAAAUAUUUCCAGACAGUGAGCAUGGUGGGAAGACAUUUGCCAAUCUAGCUACGCUAUCAUCAAAAGGAAUUCCUGUUGUAACAAUUGUGUGUGGAUCUUGCACUGCUGGAGCAGCAUACAUACCAACAAUGUCACAAGAAGCUAUCAUAGUGAAAAGUAUUGGAUCACUUUAUCUUGGUGGACCUCCUCUUGUAAAGGCUUCUACAGGAGAGGAAGUUUCAUCAGAAGACUUAGGGGGAGCCGACGUUCACUGCAGCAUUAGUGGUUGCACUGAUCAUUAUGCAACCAAUGAAGAAGAGGCCUUGGCCAUAACUCGAAACAUUGUGGCUACGUUCGGUGAAGACAAGUCACCUUUCUCUCAUGCUGAUUCAGACCCACCAUGCUAUAGUGCUGAUGAAUUAUUGGGAUUAGCACAUUAUCCUGGAAGUUCAUCGAAGUAUCCAGCACUUGAGGUGAUAGCUAGGAUUGUGGACGGCAGUAAAUUCCAGGAGUUCAAGCCUAAGUAUGGACCAGAGCUCAUCACGGGGUAUGCCAAGCUUUAUGGACAAGUAGUAGGUGUUAUUGCGAACAAUGGCGAAAUGGCACCUGAUGCUGCAUCUAAAGGCUCGCAGUUUGUACAGAUAUGCAACAGUCGAGGGAUUCCUUUGAUAUUCCUAUGUGAUGUGGUGGACAGGUGUUAUUCCUGUAAUGAAGAUACAAUUUCAUCUGAUGUCCACAAGAGUGGACUAGCAAUAAAGGCUCAAGCACAGAUGAUCCACACUGUUUCUCUUGCUCAAGUUCCACGCAUCACUAUUGUUGUAGGAGACAGUUUUGGUCCAACAAGCUUUGCCAUGUGUAGUCGAUCUUUGAGCCCUAAUUUCCUGUUCCUGUGGCCGAAUGCAAGAAUUGGGGCAGUACGCCCAGAAGAGGUCCAAAGCAGUAGUGAAGAUGAUGGUCUUUGUAAGCUGAACCAACAGUGCAGCUCUCUACAUGCAACCUCAAGAGUGUGGGACGAUGGCAUUAUUCUCCCUCAGCAAACACGACAGGUCUUGCAUUUGAGUCUGACUGCAGCACAGUAUCCUUACAGACCCAUGGGCAACACUGGAAUGACAAGGACACGAGCUGUGAUGAGGAUGUAGAGUUUUUAUACAUUCUAUAUUUUUUAAUGUCAGUACACUGUAACACC